UCUCUCUGUCCCUCCCCUCUCAACCCUCCCUCCCUUCCUCCUGGCUCUCUGUCUCCCUCCCUCUUUCUCCUCGGAAGCUGAAGAGCCGGUGAGGCUGUGGAAACAGCAGAAGCAGAAGCAGCAGCAGCAGCAGCAGCAGCAGCAGCAGCACCAGCCACCGCCACAGCCGCCGGAGCAGUAGCUGCAGCCCUGCUCUCUCCUUUCCUCUUUCCCUCCUUUCCUCCCUCCCUCCUGUGUUGUGAGUGUGACGCGGGGUGGCAGAGGGAGAAAGAGAGAGAUACAGAGAGAGAGAGAGAGACGGUUCUUGGACUUAGCCCGGGAGAGGAGCGAACCCUGUGAUCAGUACUCAGGGCUCCGAACUCUGAGACGCCGGGAGCCGAGUGCAGGAAGGGAGGGAGGGAAAGAGCUCAGCAGCCCAGCUGAGGCAGAGCCCUGGGGCAGAGAGCUUUCAGGACGAUCCAGGCUCCGGACAGACCCUGGGAGCCACCAGUAGCCAGCAGAGCGCGGGCUCCUGAGCUCUGGGGACCCGAGGGCAGAGCUCGGAGCUGGAGAAGCUAGCAGAUAGCCGGUAGCCGUCGACAGACGUCAGUCUCCCGCCAGGGAGCUUUGAACCCUGGGACCAGCGGCGCCGGGAGCCUGGAGAGCAGGGAGCGAGUGAGCGUCCCUCGAUCUAAUCCGAGGAGCAGCACCCCUUACCCCACCCCCCACUCAGCCCCCCUCCAUAUCCCUCCCCACUCCUGGACGUGGUUGGGGGCAUGUGAGCUGGAAGCCGCGGCAAUCUGCAACGAUCAUCCCGAGGGAGAAGCCCUGCCCCAGCAAAGGACGGAGCUGGAGCCGGAGCCGGGAGAGUAGAUGUCCAUGAGGAGCCCCAUCUCUCCCCAGCUGGCACCCGAUGGCAUUGGGACCAUGGUGAACUGCACUGUCAAGGCAGAAGAAAAGAAGGAGAUAUGCCAGGAGGCCCCACCUGGCCAGCAGGUGCCAACCCCUGCUGCAGAGCCCUUGGCUGGAGACCCAGCCCGGGCCCCCCAGGAACAAGCUGACUCAAGUGGCCCACCCCAGGACUGUGGGUCCCCAAAGAGCGAUGGGCCACCAGAACCUAGAAGACGAGGGCCUGAGCCAGCCACUGGAAGCCAAGAAAAGCUGGAUUUCAAUCGGAAUUUGAAAGAAGUCAUGCCCACCAUUGAGAAGCUUUUGUCCAGUGACUGGAGAGAGAGGCUUCUGGGAAGAAGCACUGUGGAAACCAAAGAUGUCAAAGGGACCCAAGAAAGCCUGGCGGAGAAGGAACUUCAGCUCCUGGUCAUGAUCCAUCAGCUGUCCACUCUUCGGGACCAGCUCCUGACAGCUCACUCAGAGCAGAAGAACAUGGCUGCCAUGUUGUUUGAGAAGCAGCAGCAACAGAUGGAGCUGGCCAGGCAGCAGCAAGAGCAAAUAGCAAAGCAGCAGCAGCAGCUCAUUCAGCAGCAGCAUAAGAUCAACCUCCUCCAGCAGCAGAUCCAGCAGGUCAACAUGCCUUAUGUCAUGAUCCCUGCGUUCCCUCCCAGCCACCAGCCCAUGCCUGUUACUGCUGACUCCCAGCUGGCACUGCCUAUUCAGCCCAUCCCUUGUAAACCAGUGGAGUACCCGCUGCAGCUGCUGCAUAGCCCCCCUACCCCUGCUGUGAAGAGGUCUGGGGCCGUCUCUACCCAUCACCCUCUCCAGGAGUCUUCACAGCCUCUGAACUUGACAGCCAAGCCCAAAGGUCCAGAGCUGCCCAACACCUCCAGCUCCCCCAACCUGAAGAUAAGCACCUGUGGUCCCCUCCCAGCCAACCAUGGGGCUCCUACCCGGGACCUCCAGGCCAGCCCACCCAGUCUACCCCUAGGCUUUCUGGGUGAGGGCGAUGCCAUCACCAAAGCAAUCCAGGAUGCCCGGCAGCUGCUGCAUGGCCACAGUGGACCCAUUGAGAGCUCUCCUAAUGCCUCUUACAGGAAGGACCUCAUCAACCUUGAGUCAUCCCCAGCCAAGGAUCGGCUGGAGGAGAGCUGUGGGCACCAGCUAGAUGAGACCAUGCUGAGCUGUGACAUGGAUGGUUCCCGACACUUCCCUGAGUCCCGGAACAACAAUCACAUUAAGAGGCCCAUGAAUGCCUUCAUGGUGUGGGCCAAGGAUGAACGGCGAAAGAUCCUCCAGGCCUGUCCUGACAUGCAUAACUCCAGUAUCAGCAAGAUUCUCGGUUCCCGCUGGAAGUCCAUGACAAACCAGGAAAAGCAGCCGUACUAUGAGGAACAGGCACGGCUGAGCCGUCAGCACCUGGAGAAGUAUCCUGACUAUAAAUAUAAGCCUCGGCCCAAGCGCACGUGCAUCGUGGAGGGCAAGCGAUUACGGGUGGGAGAGUACAAGGCUCUGAUGAGGAACCGACGCCAGGACGCGAGGCAGAAUUACGUUAUCCCCCCACCAGGCAAUCAGAUGCAGAUGAGCUCCCCAGAUGUCCUGUACCCCAGGGCACCUGGAAUGCCACUGGCACAGCCCCUUCUGGAGCACUACGUGCCCCGGAGCCUGGACCCCAGCAUGCCUAUCAUUGUCAAUACCCGAAGCCUUAAGGAGGAGAGCGAGGGAGCUGAAGACGGGCACUCUGUAGCCGAUGGGGAGAUGUUCCGGUACAGUGAGGAAGAAGAUUCCGAAGUUGAGGAGAAGAGUGAUGGAGAGCUGGUGGUGCUUACAGACUGAGCUGGGCUCAGGGGCUCAUGCCCUCUUGCUUCCCCCAGGCAUAUCUUUAAAGGGGGAGGGAGGGGGCUAACAAGGGCUUGUCCCCUGACCCUAUCGGGCACCACCAGAAGACUUGGACUGUGUAGGUACCUUGACGGGGGUGUGUCCGGGAGAUGGGCACAGCUGUGCAUAUGUACAUACAUCUAUGCAGGGGAAAUGGAUCAGGUUGAAUCCUACUCCAGGAUGUUUGGCCUGGGAGUAGGCAUCCUCUCUCGGGGGCUUCAGAGCCAAUGGAAUUGGUGUGGACUUUAGGAAAACAGGGGGGCACCUGAGUUCCUAGAAAAGGGAAGCUUCAUAGUCUGGCCCAGCUUCCUAUGGUCAACCAAGUGAUGCCACAAGUCCCCGGACAGUCACACCUAGGAGGUUAUUGUAUGACUAGCACCCUCUACUCCCUCCCUAUUUGGGGUCCUGGUGGCUGCAGCCCCCUCCCCAUACCCUCUUUUCUCAUCUCCCUUGAUCAGCCAGGAGGGUGGUGUAUAUUUUGCGAGUCCAUUUUAUCCAUCUGCUCCCUACCCUCCACUCUAUUCACGCCCCACGUCUGGGGUAGUAGCACACCUCCUCGUUCAUUCUACAUCAGCUUCCUGCGGGGCUUUCUUUCCCGACCCCCAUAGGUAGGUCUCUUCCCAGGGUCUGUGUGUGCUUGGUGUGAAUGAGCCCAGGCUGGGUGUGAGUGUCUCAUCCUCCGUCUGCCUUUCCUCUUGACUUCUUCAUACCCUCAUUCCUUCCCACUAGAUUGUCUUGGUGUAUCCAGCCUGCGUGUGUAUGUGAGUGGACGUGUUAGUGUAGGGGUGUGCGUGUGUGUGUGUGUGUGUGUGUGUGUGUGUGCGCGUGCACAUGCACAUGCACAUGUGGCUUGUGUGUCCCCAUUCUGGGGGAUUCCUGCGUCUCAGGAUUCCUGAGGGGAGGCUUCUUUCUGCGCCUCUCCUACUUUUCUGACUCUGGAUCUCUCUGUCAGUGAGCCUCAUUAGACUCUUUGCCUUUCUGUAGCUCUCUGUGGGUCUCAGGUUCUCCUUCUUUUUGUGUGUUUCUGUCUCUCUGUCCUGGGUAUCUGUUUCCCUAUCGAUUUGCUCCUCCCUGGCAGGAUGCCCCGACCCUUCUGGAGCCACCCUCUGUGUCUGGCCAUCUCAGUGUGUCUUUGGGUCUCAGUGUCUGGAGCUGUCAGCCACCCUGACCUCUUCCCUCUCCUGUUCACUGACUGCCAGUCAAUUCCCACGGAGCCAUUUUUAGCUCUGAGACGCAUGAGAACUCAGCCUCUCUCCAAGGGGCUACCCAGCCCCCUAGCCCUAGGCUGCCCAACUUAGGCCCUGGUUCCCAGCAGAGGGGAGUGGGGGGAAGGGAAAUGGGACCUUCUCCAGUGCCCUGGAAGCUGGGAUCUGGGGAAAGCGGCUGAGGCCAGAAAGGCAGGUGCUAGGAGAGACUGACUACCUGAGUCAUCUAGUCUUGGCCCUGCCUGAUAGACAAGGUCAGUUUGGACAAGGUUGGAAUGAUGGGCAUCAAAGAUUGCCUAAGGUGGCCGAGGCUACUUCCAGCACUGGCUGGCCUUGCUGGCCCUGGAAGGGAAGGGUAUGUAUGUGUGUGAGUCACUUUGUUUAUUUGCGGGGGGGGGGUGAGGAGCCUCAGUUGCCCUUUCCCUCCCCUUCUUUCCCUUGGCUACUGUCCUUCCCUAUUCCUUUCUCCACACUCAACCUCCACCCCCUUGCCAUUGACCCCACCCCUUGGCUAGGGGCCUUGACUUUGCCCAUGAUCAGUCUCUCAUUUUAUUUAUUUAUUUCCACCCCCAAGAAAGUCACAUCCCAUUGGAGAAAAACACUGAGGGGGGCAGGGAGAGAGCUCUGGGGUCAGGAGGAGGGGACUUAAUCCAGCUGGGACAGAUGUGGAAACCAAGCCUACCCUUUGUCCCAUCCACCCCCGUUCCCCACCUCAGCCCCUUUCCUAAGUCCCCAUGUCUCUCCAGGGUUAUUCCUUUUUUUACAACUGUAAACAUAGAUAGGGCUUUAUUUUGUUAAUAAGAUGAUGAGCAACUUAACCUGUAUAUUUCUCCUGACCUGUUUACAAUCUGGGAUUUUUUUUUCCGGUUGGCACAAUAAAGAGAGAACAUUUUGGAUCCUU